CCCACAUAGAAACCACUGGAGAAACUACUUUAAAAAUCCAAACCAUAAAUUUGAAAAAAAAAAGUUAAAAAAAAUAGUAUAUGAGAUAAUUUCCCUAACUUUUAUAAAAUACAUGGUCAAAUUAAUAAAUUUUGUAGAACACAAUUAAUAACUUUUUUGCUUCAUAAAUUCUACUGAUUUCUAACAAAUAUAACACAAUUAUCUUAAUUAUAUAUUUACUCUAUUAUAUUUAAGAAAUGUCUCUAAUUAAGACACAAUUCACUACACUACUCUUAUAGUUCUUGGACGUUGAAUAGACUAGAAAGAGAGAGAGAUCAGAGUCAGAACAAAUUAAUGAAAAUGGCUACUGAUAAUCAUAAUGCAAAGGCUAUGGAAAUGGAAGAAGAUGGACCAAGAUCAAGAGACACACCUAAAGGAACACCAAAAGGAAAUUCACCUUUCCAAAAUAAAGAUAAGCAGCCUAUGUUUUCAGAUGAUGGUAUUAAAUUAAACAAAUCAAUCUUGUUAUUAAUCUUUGACAAGAACUUGUUAAUCUUUUUCAUAAUCAUUCUGAUUUUGUUACUAGCUAAGGGUCAGGACAUUGUGAGCAUAAUGAACAGUUUUGUUCUGAAUUAUCCACCAAAUUCCUUAUUGACUGUUCUUUCUGCUAAUGGGACAGUAUCAAUAGUAGACAUUAUUAAUUGUGAUGACUAUACCAAAUACCACAGAUUUUUGGGUUCUUUUAAAAUUCUAUCUUUGUCUUGGACAGUAGAACUUGAUUCAGAUCAUAGUCCUGAGAAUUAUGGUAUGGCAAUACCAUUGAAGGUUUUAUUGAUCAAUUUAGAAACAGGAGAGGUUUUUGGUGGAGUUGUACAAAGAUUAGUAGCUGCUACAACUAUUAAGAUGUUUGUUGGGAGUUUCAAAAGAGAGAUUGGUAUGUCAUUUGAUGGUGCUUCAUCACCAUCACCAUCUAUAGGAGAAGUAUUGGCAGAAUUAGUAAGCAAUGAUACACCUGUUGAAGAUUAUGAUAAGUUUACUCAUCAAAGAUCAAUAUAGUGCUUUAAUAAUCUUUUCAUAAGUGAUCAAAUAGAUGUCUUAGUAUGUAAUUCUGUUACUGGUUUUAUUGUUGUGUUGUGAACAUGUAUAAACUUUGUUACUGGUUUCUAUUGAGUUGUUUCAUAUUAUUACAUGCCA